GCGGAGACGGCCGGCGUCCGGCGCGAAGCUCUAGGGAGCCUGCCUGGCGCGGCCUUGGGCCUCGUCGGGAAGGAUGCUGUCCCGAAAGAAAACCAAAAACGAAGUGUCCAAGCCGGCCGAGGUGCAGGGGAAGUACGUGAAGAAGGAGACGUCUCCUCUGCUGCGGAAUCUCAUGCCUUCAUUCAUCCGGCACGGUCCAACAAUUCCAAGACGAACUGAUAUCUGUCUUCCAGAUUCAAACCCUAAUGCCUUUUCAGCUUCUGGAGAUGGAGUAGUUUCAAGAAACCAGAGUUUCCUUAGAACUCCAGUUCAAAGAGCACCUCAUGAAGUAAUGAGAAGAGAAAGCAACAGAUUAUCUGCACCUUCUUAUCUUGCCAGGAGUUUAGCAGAUGUCCCUCGGGAGUAUGGCUCUUCUCAGUCAUUUUUAACAGAAGUUAAUUUUGCUGUUGAAAAUGGAGACUCUGGUUCCCGAUAUUAUUAUUCAGAUAAUUUUUUUGAUGGUCAGAGAAGACGGCCACUUGGAGAUCGUGCACACGAAGACUACAGAUAUUAUGAAUAUAACCAUGAUCUCUUCCAAAGAAUGCCACAGAAUCAGGGGAGGCAUGCUUCAGGUAUUGGGAGAGUUGCUGCUACAUCUUUAGGAAAUUUAACUAACCAUGGUUCUGAAGAUUUACCCCUUCCUCCUGGCUGGUCUGUGGACUGGACAAUGAGAGGGAGAAAAUAUUAUAUAGAUCAUAACACAAAUACAACUCACUGGAGCCAUCCUCUUGAGCGAGAAGGACUUCCUCCUGGAUGGGAGCGAGUUGAGUCAUCAGAAUUUGGAACCUAUUAUGUAGAUCACACGAAUAAGAAGGCUCAGUACAGGCAUCCCUGUGCUCCUAGUGUACCUCGGUAUGAUCAACCACCUCCUGUCACGUACCAGCCACAGCAAACUGAAAGAAAUCAGUCCUUUCUGGUACCUGCAAAUCCAUAUCAUACUGCAGAAAUUCCUGACUGGCUUCAGGUUUAUGCUCGAGCCCCUGUGAAGUAUGACCACAUUCUGAAGUGGGAACUCUUCCAGCUGGCUGACCUGGAUACAUACCAGGGAAUGCUAAAGUUACUCUUCAUGAAAGAACUGGAACAGAUUGUUAAAAUGUAUGAAGCCUAUAGGCAGGCUCUCCUCACAGAGUUAGAAAACCGCAAGCAGAGACAGCAGUGGUAUGCCCAACAACAUGGCAAGAAUUUUUAAGUUAAUUUUUUUUAAAUUAAGUUUUAUAAGAGCUUUAAAAUAUUUUCACUGAUAAAAAAUUGCAAAUAAGUACUUUGGUUAAUAAUGGCAGCUUACUUUUUGGAAAUUAUAAAAUUCUAAAUUACAUGUAU